UAGAGAACCUUCAACGACGAUCGAUGAUGGCCGGCGCUCAAGAGCAAAGGCUCAAGCUGCUGGGGCCGGGGACCGGGGUGAGCAUGUACACGAUUCGCGUCCAGAUGGCGCUCUGCAUCAAGGAGCUGAGCUACGACUUCCUCCCCGAGGACCCCUGGAGCAAGAGCGACCUCCUCCUUGCGUCCAACCCCGUGUACAAGAAGCUCCCCGUCCUCAUCCACACUGGCAGACCCGUCUGCGAGUCGCUCAUCAUUGUGCAGUACCUUGACGACGCCUUCGCCGGCAACAGCACUUCCAUCCUCCCCACCGACCCCUACAGCCGUGCCGUCGCCCGCUUUUGGGCUUCCUACAUCGACGACAAGUUGUUCCCUUCAUGCAUCGGCAUUCUCAAGACGGCAAAGCAGCAUGAGAGAGCCGACAAGGUGGAGGAGACCUUGGCGGCGUUCGGGCUCUUAGAGGCCGCCCUGGCGGAGUGCUCCAAAGAAGGGGAGGCUGAGGCACUGUUCUUUGGCGGUGGCUCUCUCGGGCUGCUCGACAUUGCCCUGGGGUGCUAUCUUCCCUGGAUCAAAGCGAUAGGCCACCUUGCCGCCAUGCCGCCGUUCCUCGACGCGGCUAGGACACCAAAGCUGGCCGCGUGGGCGGAGCGGUUCAGGGCCGCCGAGCCGGUUAGGGCGCUGCUGCCUGCGGAGGACAAGGUGGAGGAGUACAUCUCAACGGUUCUUUAUCCAAAGUGGAACGCCGCGCUCACUGCGUCGGCAACUAAUUAGAGAUCAUGUCGCCCCGUUCCAUCGUUGUUGCUGUGCUCGCCUUCAAAUUCAGUUGGUGUUUUCACGAGUUGUUGUGCUCGUUGAACUUUUUUACUCCCUCUGUCCCAAAAUGUAAGAACGUUUUUAACACUAUACUAGUAUAAAAACAUUCUUAUAUUAUGGGACGGAGGGAGUACUUGGUUAUUAGGGUCUGAUCGCCAUGGAUGGUGCACAUGCGUGCACUGUCUUGGAUCUGACUUUGCUGUUUUGGGAAUAAAUUAAAGCUUCGUCUAUCUUU